AUUCUGAUUGAUUGUGUUGACCAGAGAGGCUACAGCAGCUAAAGUCAGGUGUCCAAACACAGGCAAAGUAUACGCUAGUAAAAUUGGUGAAGGAGCGACGAUACGUUAAGCGCUACACGCAGAAGGGGAGGUGCUGCCACUGAUAUCAUGCAAAGUCCCUGGGAGCCGCCUCUGUAAUAGCGCGGGCAGGCCGGACUCGGCAAUGCAACAUUUUACUUAACAUCUUUCCGUGUGCGUGUGUGUUUGUGUUUUGUUUUAUAUUUGCACAGUGUGUGAACAUUACUCGCUACUGCACUAUCGCCGCUUCUGUCUGAAGCCAGUGUGCUCGUGAGCAAGCUGCUGUAAAGUGGAGCCAAGCCCUUUUCCGCCCAGGGAAGAAAUGAGUCUUCAUUCCUGGUUGCUGCUGUAAUUGUCUGUGACUUUCUCCACUUCAAACGUGCAGUAGACUCUUGACUUCACAUUUGGUUAGUCUCGUGUAGCAAAGAUUCAGCAAGAUGGAUUGUAAGCGACUUAUUUAUUUUGGACGUCAGCUGGUUCGUCGUAAAUAUGUGGACUGCACUUGUGAGGAAACCAGGCUUGCUAGAUGUUUGUCUACAGUGGACUUGGUUGCCCUUGGCGUUGGCAGUACCCUGGGAGCUGGUGUCUAUGUACUAGCUGGAGCCGUCGCCAGGGAGAAUGCUGGCCCUGCCAUUGUUAUCUCAUUCUUGAUUGCUGCUUUGGCCUCUGUGCUUGCAGGCCUCUGUUAUGCCGAGUUUGGUGCUAGAGUCCCUAAGACAGGCUCUGCUUACCUAUACAGUUAUGUUACAGUCGGGGAACUAUGGGCCUUCAUCACAGGUUGGAAUCUAAUCCUUUCAUAUGUAAUUGGAACUUCAAGUGUUGCAAGAGCGUGGAGUGCUACGUUUGAUGAGCUUAUUGGGAAACACAUUGAGGUGUUUUGUCGUCAGUAUAUGACAAUGAAAGCCCCUGGUGUACUCGCAGAAUAUCCAGAUAUCUUUGCUGUAUUUAUAAUUUUACUGCUAACAGGGUUAUUGUCUUUUGGCGUGAAGGAGUCGGCGAUGGUGAACAAAGUCUUCACAUGCAUCAAUGUGCUUGUGCUUUGUUUUGUCAUGGUCUCUGGCUUUGUGAAAGGGACACUCGAGAACUGGCAGCUCUCCGAGGAUGUCCUGAUUAACGGGACAAAUGGCUCUGACUUUGAAAAUCACACACAAGUAUCUAACUGGAAUUAUGGCUCUGGAGGAUUCAUGCCCUAUGGUUUCACAGGAGUGCUUUCAGGUGCAGCCACAUGCUUCUAUGCCUUUGUAGGAUUUGACUGCAUUGCUACCACAGGAGAGGAAGUAAAAAAUCCUCAGCGAGCCAUUCCAAUUGGAAUUGUUGCUUCCCUUUUGAUCUGUUUUGUUGCCUAUUUUGGAGUGUCUGCUGCCCUAACGUUGAUGAUGCCGUAUUAUUUAUUGGACAAGAACAGCCCAUUACCAGUUGCCUUCAAGUAUGUCGGAUGGGAUGGGGCAAAAUACGCCGUGGCAGUUGGAUCCCUCUGUGCUCUGUCCACUAGUCUUCUGGGUUCCAUAUUUCCAAUGCCGCGAGUAAUUUAUGCUAUGGCAGAGGACGGACUGCUGUUUAGAGUGUUGGCCAGAAUCAACGAAAAGACUAAAACGCCACUUAUUGCUACAGUAGUCUCAGGGGUUGUAGCAGGUAAGGAGCAAUCACCUACACAAAGAAAUAGCAGGGACAGUAAACAUAUUCUGCCAAAUGUGUUGCCAUCUGGCCUCUGACUUAAACCAAAAUUUUCUAGCUUUUAAGUUUCUAUUUGCAAAAUGCUGUUCUUUAUUUCCU